AUGUCGCUUUUGUCUGCAGCGCGGGUGGCCCUGCGAGUGCAUGUGGUGGGCGCGGCGGUGGUUUUGGUGCAGCUGCUGCGGCGCCGCUUCCCGGGCUUCGCGGAGCCAGUUUUCCCCCUACAACUCGAGCGUGUUGCUAUAGUGACCAGCGGGACUGAUGGAAUUGGAUAUUCGACAGCAAAGCAUCUGGCCAAACUGGGCAUGCAUGUUAUCAUAGGCGUAAAUAACGAAGGCAAAGCAGAGGAAGUUGUGAGAAAGAUAAAAGAGAAAACCCUCAAUGCCGAAGCCGAGUGGAUGAAAGGUUUUGGUCCAUUGUCAUCCUCGGUUCUAAGACUGCAGGAUAGAGUGAGCCUGGGCCGUGGGGCCAGGGUCGCCCUGAGCCGGUUCCUGGGCCCAUUCUACCGCGAGCUGGUCAGAAACUGCAUUCCCAUGUCGGGCACAUGGUGCCCCUGGGCACCAUGGGGUGGUGUGGGCCACCGCCUGGCAGCUGAUCCUGGACUGGGUGUUCUACAUCAACGGCAAGUUUAA